AUGGGCUGGUGGUGGCGAUCAAGUCCCCAGCAGGACAAUGCUCCUGCUGCUCCCCCUGCGCCUCCCCAGGCUCCUGCGAAGAAAUUGACCCCCGACGAACAAGCCGAACUGGAAUUCAGUCAGAUCCUGGCCGACCUCCGACAAGAAGACGCGGCAUUGUCCAAGUCCAAGUCACCACAACCACCAUCCACAGGACCAGAUGAUGGCUCCAAUACUGGCGCAACCACCGCCCGCCUCCAAUCACCCACCUCGUCCAUUGCCCCCGAAUCCCUUUACUCCGACACCAUGUCCUGUCGCGACGCCUUCGACUACGCUUUCUUCUGCCAGUCCUUCGGCGGCCAGUUCGUUAAUGUCUAUCGGUACGGCGAAUUACGGUCAUGCAGCGAGCACUGGGAUAAUUUCUGGAUGUGCAUGAGAACCCGACAAUGGCCCGAUGACCAGAAGAAGGCUGCCAUCCGAGACCACAACCGGAAAAAGGCCAUCAAAUACAAGACCGGUCCCAGCAGUGAAGAUGUCUGGGAUGUGCGGCAGGAGCCAGCGCCAAAACCAUUUCAGGGAGACUACAUAGCGCUAGAGCGGGAGAUGAAAGCGGAAGAAGAGGCAAAACAAUAG